UUUGCAAAUUUGUUAAAAAAUGACUGAAAUUUUAAUUCUCUCUUAUUUUGUAUGAAAAUAGUCACACUUGCUACUACUUUCAACGUUAUUAAUUGAUCGAAAGUAUGAACUUUGUUGAAACGCUAAAAUCGUGUUGGUUAGCCACGUUAAUCGGUUCGAUUCUGCUAACUGCCGGUACCUGCGUGUUAUUUUGGAACGAGGCCCGCGCUAUCAGCACAACACUUUCGCUUGAAGAGGCCCUGAACGACGCAGUCACAGUAAGUGCGGAACAUCCCUACGAUAGGAUAUAUGAGGGACGUCUGAUCCACCUGAACGGAUGGAUUACAACGGGGGAACCGCUCACAGAACCAGACUACAAUAUUCAGGUUCAAGCCGUUAAACUGAAACGACGUGUUCAAAUGUACCAAUGGAUUGAAGAAUAUGUGGAAAAUCGUUUUGGUGAAACAGUUUCCACUGCUCAAACUGAGGACCGUUCCUACUACUAUACAUUGGAUUGGCGUGAUGAAUUGGUCGAUUCGCGAAGCUUUUAUAUUCGCAGUGGACACCACAAUCCCAGUGCCUUUCCAAUGGAUUCAAAGAUAUACGUAUCGGAACGGGUUCACAUCGGACAGUAUGAGCUAGGCCCUGCUCUGAAGGAACGUUUUAAUAAUUUUAUAGAUAUUACAUCUGACACUCGCCCUGAGGAUCCUACAGUUAAGCUGCAUGGUGGACUAUACUAUCACUGUAAUGAUAUUUGGAACCCGGAAGUGGGGGAUAUUCGUAUACAAUUUGCUUAUGCGGGAUUGGAGGGAACACCGUACACAUUGGUAGGAAAGUUAGAGAACGGUCGAAUUGUCCCGUACGAAUCGUCUCACGCAAGAAAAGUGCUGCUUAUCUAUCCAGGAGAAUUAUCGCUCCAAGCUACCAUCAAUCUCGAACAUCAAGCAAAACGAAUAACGACUUGGAGCUGGCGUCUGAUUGGUUGGGCACUGCUGUUUUUCUCGGCCACCUGUUCUGCAUCUAUACUGCAGUACAUAACGUCACAAAGUCGAGUGCUGCGCCAGUUUGUUCCCAACCCAAAUUUUUCUGUAUCCACGAAUUUGAGAAUGUCGCUUUCACUGGCGUUGGCAAUUGCUUCAAUUGCUUGGGUUAUUCGUCGACCAUUGCUGGGUGGUAGCAUAUUUCUAGUGGCGGUAUCUCCUUUCCUGUAUCGCGCCCGAAGACUAUUCAGUAACUACCAACGGAUGGACUAGGUGUGCCUGCUAUGAAAUGAAAUGUUUAAAUAACGUGAUAUUAUGUUUGAACAUAAUCGUUUUUGUGGUCAAAUGCCAAUGUAACAUCUAGUCUAAAUAAUU